AUGGCUACCGAACCUUCAACAAUAUCAGGGGUAUCGUCACGACGCUCUGCCUGUGAUCGCUGCAGAGGACAGAAACUACGAUGUCUUCGUGUGCGCAAGAAGUUAGAUCACAAUGAGCGCUGCGACCGUUGUGCCAAAGCAGACGCGCAAUGCAUCACAAGCCCGAUAUACCAUAUGCGUAACAUGUUUGCUCAAGAUCAAGAACGUGAUAGUCCAGCGCUGUCUGGAAAGCGGCGACGACUGUCCAGCUCUCGGCCCUGCGUCGCGCAGUCUACCCUACGAGACUUAGGUGAUUCCUCAAUAUCAAUCACGAACUGUUCUUCGGCUAUAGUUGCUGGCAGUGACUUUGAAUAUCAAGACUGGGCUCCUACAGACCUGUCCGCAGCUACUAUCUCGAACAAUCACAACAAUGUUGCGGAAAGCAAUAUAAGGUCAAGCGCCAUAUUCUCAAACCUCACGUCGCAGGAAUGGAAUAUGAUAAGCGACGCAGCACCAGGGAGCCCCAGCUUUAAUGCUACUGACAAUGAUGCGUUGGGUCACAUCAUCUCCCAGGAGGCUGGGUCUCGAUUACCAUCCACAACAGCUCCUCCACAGCUCGGCAUUGAAGAGCGGCUCGAGCAAUUCGAGGACUGGGGACAUCCAGACUUAAGUACACUGGCUUCGGAGCUCCAAGAUUGUGCCGUUGAUCGCGACGAGACCCAUCCCAAUACAUCCACGGAAGAGUUGUCCACAAUGAACCUCAACUUGGUGAAACAGCUAAAGCGGAUGGCAUUACCUCACGUCAAUAUGAAGACUCUCAUAGUACCAGAUUGUACACAAUCGAGUGAUUCAUCGAUAACUCCCCUAGAGGACAUUCUAAAUAGUACUCGCUUGUAUUUAGAGAUUUUGAGCACCAUCGCAGGUGUCCCUCGAUCUCCACGAUCUUCGAGUUCUGAUGCACUGAGGCUCUCUAUGCACUACAGUGGCUACUUGGGUACGCAUACAGAUACACUGGAGGUACCAUAUGAUGGUUCUUCGAGUACUUAUACCCCGUCAGCUCCAUCCAAUGACACGAGGUUGGAUAAUACCAAACCUGAUAGCUCUACGCUGCUCCUAGUUCUCGUUUGUUAUAUACACCUUUUGAAACUUCAUGUGGCUCUUUUCAGACACAUAGAACAUUAUCUACAUUUUGUCUCUGAAAGUGAGGAACGCACUAUCAUUCCGCUACCAAGAUUGUGUGGCUUUAGUAACUUCCCUCUUGGUAAGUUUCUCGGAGAUGGCGUACAGUCGCAAUCAAUUGACACUGAGAGCACAGAAUCUGGUAAUCUUCAGGCAUCCAUGAUAAUCCAACUCGUUACCAACAUGUUUGAGAGGAUCGAGAUUCUCCUUGGACUUCCGUCAGAGUUCCGUUUGGGAACUCGUGAAGAUGAUCCACGUGGCUUGCUCAGAGACGAAGUCUUCUUUAAAUUUGCAAUUUCAGUCAUCCAGAAAGAGAAUGACUUGUCGCCAGAGCAAGAGAGAGGAGGGAUUCUAUCAUUACGAAGAGAUAUAGAGCAAUCCAAACACCUUCUAUGUAGCCGUAUAGCUCCGUAG